AUGGGCGACUGGAGUUUCCUGGGACGGCUGCUGGAGAACGCGCAGGAGCACUCCACUGUGAUCGGCAAGGUGUGGCUGACGGUGCUGUUCAUCUUCCGCAUCCUGGUGCUGGGGGCAGCGGCUGAGGAAGUGUGGGGUGACGAACAGUCGGACUUCACUUGCAACACACAGCAGCCUGGUUGUGAGAACGUCUGCUACGACCGCGCUUUCCCCAUCUCCCACAUUCGCUUCUGGGCACUACAGAUCAUCUUUGUGUCUACGCCCACACUCAUCUACCUGGGCCACGUGCUGCAUAUCGUGCGCAUGGAGGAGAAGAAGAGAGAGAGGGAAGAGAACCCACAGCACAGCCAUGAACCACUUCGCAUAGGGGGCAUACCUGUGCGCGAUGACAGGGGCAAGGUGCGCAUCAGGGGGGCGCUGCUGAGGACAUACGUCUUCAACAUAAUCUUCAAGACACUCUUUGAGGUGGGCUUCAUUGCAGGUCAGUACUUUCUGUAUGGCUUCCAGCUUCAGCCUCUAUAUCGCUGCGACCGCUGGCCCUGCCCCAACACUGUGGACUGCUUUAUCUCCAGGCCUACAGAGAAGACCAUAUUUGUCAUCUUCAUGCUGGCUGUGGCCUGUGCAUCGCUGGUGCUCAACAUGCUGGAGAUCUACCACCUAGGCUGGAAGAAGCUCAAGCAAGGUGUGACUAACCACUUCAGCCCAGAAGCUUCAGAAGUCAGGAGCAUGGCCUUGGACCCCCUACCACGGGUCUCACACCCUGGCCCACCCAGCGUCUCCACUGGAUUUCUGCCUUACUGCACACACCCUGGUUGCUCCCCAGGACAGUCAAGGGCUACUAAGUAUCCUGGGACCCCACCACCAGCAGCAGAUUUUACAGUGGUAUCCCUGAAGGAGGCACAAGGUGAAGGUCACCCUGGCAAGCACAACCUGCUGAUGACCGAGCAGAACUGGGCCAGCCCAGCAGCUGAACAGCAGACUCUGGGCAGCAAGGCCUUCCCAGCAGCGUUCAGCCCUUUAGGUGGUGAGGACACUCCAGGGGACGGUAGUGGCAGCAGCUUGGAGGAGAGUGCCUUGGCAGUAACACCGGAGGAGGAGGAGGAGCAGGCACUGGCCACUACAGUGGAAAUGCACAAUCCGCCUUUGCUUCUUCUGGACCCUGGAAGGUCCAGUAAGGCCAGUAACAGGCGGGCCAAACCGGGUGACUUGGCCAUCUAG